CUGCUACUUUGUAGGCGCCCACCAAAAACCGACGCCUUUAGUCUUAGUGGGGUAGAUUGCGAUAAGAUAAUGAUAACCCAAAAAAUUCCCAAAUUCCCGAGUCUCAAAGUUGAAAGCUGGUUGAUGAUCGAUCGAGUCUGAGUCUGCCUCAACGAGAGAUAGUGUAUCACAGCUCUCAAAAUGGCGACUUUGGAAGAGAAGCUUGACAAGAUCCGGUCACCGAAUCUUCAGAGUCAGCAGCAGACGGUUGUGAUUCUGAAGGCGGUGGAUGAGACGCUGAAAGAGCAAAAUACUGCGCCGACUCCCACAGGCUACUUCGCAGCCCUUCUUGCCUUGCUCAACCAAUCGAUUUCGAACGGGCAGAUCAACAAAGAGUUAACGCCUUCAGUGGUUUACCUGCUUGACGUCGUUACACCAUUCGCCCCGCAGUCGCUUCUCCGAUCCAAGUUUUCGCAGAUUCUCGCCCUUCUCGCCCCCGUAUUGCUUCUCGCCAAUGCCGAGGCGCCACUGCUCAAGCCCUCCAUCGGAUGCUUGGAGUCGCUACUGAUCGCCCAGGACUCGGCAGCAUGGAAACUGUCUACGAAUGAGGUCAGCCCUCGCCGCGCCGUCGCAGGUCUGUUGAACUUAUCACUGGACCCCCGACCCAAGGUCAGGAAGCGAGCUCAAGAUGCCUUGAAGAACGUCCUCAAGAGCCCCCCUCCGAGUCCCUCCUUGGACCACCCAGCCGCGGAUCUUUGCGCCGAAACUGCCAUGAGAAGCCUGGCCGAGCUGGCCGCAAAAGCCGCAGCCUCGAGGAAGCAGAAGAAGUCGCCCGAUGCAGAGCACGAUCCCGCUCUGAUCCAUGCCCUGCAGCUGAUCAAGACCAUCACCUCUGCCAGCAAUGGCUGGCCGAGCAAGAAUAUUGAGUCUCUCUGCGAGCUUUUGUUGGGCAUCGCCAAGACCGGAAACGACCACAUGACAAUGGCAGUAUUCGACAUAUUCGAGAUGAUCUUCGAGGGCAUGGCAGCCGAAGACCUCGGCUCUGUCAAGCUCCCACGACUACUCGAGAUUAUUGCCGAGUUGCGUCCUUCCGCCAACGAUACUCAGCUGCUCCCGCCGUGGAUCGCCAUCCUUUCCCGCGGAUACGAUGUUUCUGCUCAGAUGGAACCCGAAGACACUUUCCAAAAGCUCCCCGAGCUCUUUGCUCUGGUUUCCGAGUUCAUGGAAUCGUCCUCCCACAACAUCCGGGUUUCUGCUUCUGAAUGUUUGAUCUCUUUUGCCGCCAACUGCAUACCGAACUCGGUCAUCUCCGAACCGUCUAUCUACGACGAAAAGAUCCUCGAAAAACUGGCAAAGUAUGCAGAGACCUUUCUCAGUGUCAAGUACCAAUCGGCCUGGAUGCAAACCUUCAAUGUCUUUGGUGGCCUCUUCGAUGCCUUGAAAUAUCGCGCGAACCCUAUGUUAUUAAAUAUUGUGAAGACUGUCGGCGAAUUGCGCGGUGACGAUUCCUUCAUGGGCAAAAAGGAGGCCGACGAGGUCCUAGGCAAGGCUAUCAGGGCUAUGGGACCUGAGGCGGUCUUGAGCGUACUGCCCCUAAACCUGUUGAAGCCUGUCAAGGGCCAGCCUGGGCGAGCUUGGAUGCUGCCAAUCAUGCGCGACUUCACGAGCAACACCAAUCUCCAACACUUCAGGACUGAAAUGGUCCCAAUUAGCGAGGCUAUGUAUCAGAGAGUCAUGGACAACGGCGACGCACCAAAGACUAUGGAGAUCAAGAUAUACGAGACCCUCGUCCAACAGACUUGGUCGAUUCUGCCUGGAUACUGCGACUUGCCCUUAGAUUUGACUGUUGCCUUCGACCAGUCUUUUGCAGAGAUGUUGGCAAACCUGCUAUACACCCAAGUCCAACUGCGUCUCGAUGUUUGCAGAGCGCUGAAGACCUUGGUAGAGUCCAACCAAGCUGCUGCCUCGGUAGAAGACGCUGAAGCUGAAGAUCUGGUCCUGUACACCAGGAUUUCAAAGGACGGCGCCAAGAAAAACCUGACCUACUUAGGUACAUUUGCAGGCAACCUACUUGCAGUUCUAUUUAACGUGUACAGCCAAACGCUCCCCCAAUCGAGAGGUCCGAUUUUACAGACGAUCAACGCCUACUUGAGCAUUACGCCAGAGCAAGAACUUAUCGAGACCUUCGACAGAGUCAGCACAAUGCUCGCACAGGCAAUUGCGGAAGCUGCCAGCGAGCAGGAAAAGAACAAGCAGAAGCCAAAGGACCAGGGGCCAUCAACGAGCCACACUUUGAUGGAUCUCGUCAUCACCAUGUCUGCCUACCUUCCUAGGCAGAGCUUUGCCGCGCUGUUCAACAUUGCAGCUCUCAUCAUUGUCAAGGAUGACGACCCACAACUACAAAAGAAGGCCUACAAGCUUAUUCCUAGACUAGCAAACUCAGAGGUUGGUAAGGUAGCUUUGCAGGAACGCUUUCCUGAGUUGCAAAAUCUCCUGCUCACUGGAGCUGAGAAGGUCUCUAUUCCAGCAAGGAGAGAGCGGAUCGCUGCAAUUGCAUCAAUGAUCCCGUUUAUCCCCGACGACUCUCUUCACUUCAUCCCCUCUGUUCUCUCAGAAGUCGUGAUCGGAUGCAAGGAGAACAACGAGAAGGCCAGGACUUCAGCAUUCGACCUGCUCGUUCUCAUGGGCCAGAAACUAGAACAAUCCAAGGGCAAGCUGAUCAAGAACAGUGAGGUUCCCAAUAUGCCCAAGGAUGCCCCAUCUGUUCCUGCGGGUAUUGAAGAGUACUUCACCAUGGUUAGUGCAGGUCUUGCAGGUAGCACGCCGCACAUGAUCUCAGCAUCCAUCACUGCAAUUACCCGUAUCCUGUACGAGUUCCGCGAGUCUCUCACCACCCAAAUCUUGAGCGAUCUUGUUGAAACCAUGGACCUCUUCCUCACAUCCAACAACAGGGAGAUUGUCAAGAGUGUGCUGGGCUUUGCCAAGGUGUGCAUCAUCAGCUUACCCACCGAGAUGAUGCUGCCCAGGUUACCUACUCUGCUUCCCAACCUGAUGGUGUGGGGACACGAACACAAGGGCCAUUUCCGUGCCAAGGUCAAGCACAUUCUCGAGAGGAUGAUUCGACGCUUUGGUUUCGAUGUUAUCAACAAACAUUGCCCUGAGGAUGACCGAAAGCUGAUCAAUAACAUUCGCAAGACCAAGGAGCGUAGCAAGAGGAAGAAGGACGCCGCCAAAGCUGAUGGCGAGGAGGAAGAUGAUGAGCAGACUGAUGGCAAGCGGAGGGGCAAAUUCGAGAGCGAAUACGAUGAGGCUCUCUACUCUAGUGACUCGGAAGCUUCAGAGGAUUCUGAUGAUGAAAUGCUUGGCAAGCCCAAGAAGGGCAAGAAGGGAGGCAACGCUUAUAUCAUGGAAGACGAGGACGAACCACUUGAUCUUCUCGACAAGAGGGCUCUCGCCAACAUUUCGUCAACAAAGCCUGUACAAAUGCGCAGAGCGGCCAAGACGAAGGCCAAAACAGAUAUGGACGGCAAGCUCAUCUUCGGUGACGACGAGGAUGAUGCCAUGGUUUUGGAUACACCUGCUGAUGGCGAAUCCAGCGGCGUCAACGCUUAUGUCGCCGCUCUCAAGGGCAAGGAUGCUGCUCGCCGCGGACAAAAGGGAAAGCUCAAGUUCUCUAAUAAACACAGGAACCAGGAUGACGACGAUGAUGAAAUGGACGUCGAUGAGAAAGACAUCGCUGCUAUCAAGAGCACUGUUAACAGAGGUCGUGGUGGCUUCGGAGGUGGUCGUGGUCAAACCUUCCGAGGUGACAGAGGCGGCCGAGGCGACAGGGGCGAUAGAGGCGAUAGAGGCGAUAGAGGCGAUAGGGGCGGCCGGGGCGGUAGGGGCGGCAGGGGUGGAAGAGGCGGUAGAGGUGGAAGCGGAAGAGGCGGCUUUGGCGGUGAACGGCGAGGCCUUGACGGAGAGAAGAGACACGGUCCUUCAGUACGCGGAGGUGGCAAGGUGGGCAAGCCGCAGUUCCCCAAGGGAGGACGCAGAUAAUACCGUGUUUGAUACCCUCAUGAUGGAUUGCUUCUUGCUUCGCUGGGGGCAAUAUAGUUGUUUUACUCUCAAGUUAUUUGGCGUUUGGACGCGAGGGGAAAAGAAUCUAGACAGUGAUGAAUUUUGACAAGACACACAUCAACCAGUACUAUCCAUAGAAGUAAACCAGAGCAAAGUGAUGCCGGAC